CCGUUUCUUCUGCCACUCGCUGUUGUCCCAGCAGCCAGCCCCCGCCUCCCUUCUCAGGAAGCUCGGGUCUCCCUGGGAGCCGGGCUGCCCUUGAGGGAGGCCUUUGAGCUGUGUGCCCUGCAGCUCUGCCAGCUUUCGGGGCGACAUUAGAGGGGCUCUGCGCCCCCCGCGUGGCUCGCGCUAAGCCCGGCAGGAGGGAGCAUCUCGGCGGAGGAGUGAGGAGGACGGGAGGGAGAGGCGCGCGAGAGCCUCGGUCCCGGGCGCCCUGGUCGGCCGCGGAGGAACUGCAGCCUCCAACAGGAAGUUAAGCAUCUCUGACAUGCUCUCUACCCUGCUUGGUGUCUGAGGCUCCUGCAUCCCGGCUCAUCCAGGAAGCACAGGUGGGUUCAUUUCCCAAAGGCAGACUAGCCAGAAGUGCUGAAUGCGAAUUCGGCCACGGGCUAGGGAACACUAACCAAAGCCUGCAGGAUGGACUUCGUCAUGAAGCAAGCCCUCGGAGGGGCCACCAAGGAUAUGGGGAAGAUGCUGGGAGGAGAGGAGGAGAAGGACCCAGACGCACAGAAGAAGGAGGAGGAGAGGCAGGAGGCCCUCAGACAGCAGGAGGAAGAGCGCAAGGCCAAACACGCCCGCAUGGAAGCGGAACGUGAGAAGGUCCGGCAGCAGAUCCGAGACAAGUAUGGGCUGAAGAAGAAAGAAGAGAAAGAGGCAGAGGAGAAGGCAGCCCUGGAGCAGCCCUGCGAGGGAAGCCUGACCCGACCCAAGAAGGCCAUCCCCGCAGGCUGUGGGGACGAGGAGGAGGAGGAGGAGGAGAGCAUCCUGGACACAGUGCUCAAAUACCUGCCGGGGCCGCUGCAGGACAUGUUCAAGAAGUAACCGUCCUCCUCCGGUCCCUUCUACGUUAUGGUUUUUUCUUUUUUUUCUUUUUUGUGUUCUUAGUCUUUCUUUUCUUUUUAUUCAGUUAAGUCUCAGUUCCAAAGGGGAAAACCUCAGUCGGCCUCUGCCCCCUUUCCCUAGUCAGGGACUCCUCCCCUGCAACCCUUUACAGGUCCUUUCUCCCAGGGUUUCUAGUUCCGUUUCACUCCCAAGUCGCUUGAAACAAGAAGACAGCUUUACUCCAGCAGGGGGCAUUGAACCCAGAGCCAAAGGCGCUGGGGGUCCCUCCAGAAGAGGCCCAUGUCUAUGUUAGUGUGGUAACACUCCCCCCAUACAUUCCUUCAUGCUCCCCACUGCCAGGAGGACCACUGUCCCCAGCCAGCCAAAGUAACGACACAUUCCAGCCCUGCCCAGCAUGCUGACCUUUGGCCUCUGAACCCCUAGCAGGAGUCCAGGUCAGGGCAGAGGCACUGAGUGGUCUGGCUCUGGGAAGGCUAUUCGGAGUAAGCCUGUCCUGGAGAGCCUAGCUCUGAGAGGCUCUAGCUGGGUCUGGCCAGGUUAGAAUCUGGGCAGGAGGCUUGGGCUGUCCUCUUUCCUCUUCCUGGUGCCACUGGCCAGGAGCACACCUCUCCCCAACCCGACCUGAGGAAGCAUGGCUCCUGCCACGCUGCUCCCUCCAAAUGGAUCCUCUUUGGACUUUAGCACAUCUGUGGAGGAGCCCAGGGCAGGGCAACCCCUUAUUUCUCUCUCAUCUGACUUAGGUCCUGGGACCCCACUGCCAGGCUAGGCCCCAGUUUGCCUUGCCAAGGGGCUGCCCAGGCCCCCAGAAAAUACUCGGAGCCAUCGGGCAGUGAUGGUCUGUGCCAUGAGGCUCCUCGUUGGCACAGCCAAACUGCCCCCAUUCCUGUCCACCCUUCUUCCCCUCCAUGUCCUGUCCAUGUGCUUCCAAGUCCCCAUUGUCCCCAGGAGGACCCUUCUUGGCCAAAGCCCCAAACGUGGGGAGAAGCCAAUUGCCACCUGACAAAAAAACUGUCCCUUCAUCCCACUGGCCAAGAGUCAGCUCUCCUCCGGGAUGGAUAGGACUGGGAUGUGUUCCCACGUACCACAGGGUCAAGGCUUCCUGCUCUGUGACUUGUGUGGAAAUGGAGGCACAGAGGGGGAGGGACAAAGAAGGGAUGAGCGUGUGAGUCCUCCCACACUCGACACUGUGUGGCAGAUCCAUCUUACAUCUAGGUGCGGUGCGUCUUGAGAGAGCAUGUGUAUGUGUUAGCCCCGUGUUACAGGCUGCUUAUCCAAUGUACCUCGUGUGUGUGUGUGUUCUGUGGGAUGUAGCGUGCCGAGUUUCGGUUAUAUUCUCGGUCUGUGCUAGCCAUCUCGUGUGUUUAAAGACUGCAUGUGUUAGCUUGUAUAUGCAUGUACUUUCAAAAUGGCAUGUGUGUCAGGAGCGACAGGUUUUAUGUUAGCUGCAGACAUGUGUGUUUGAGAGAGCUGUCAUGCAGGCUAAGACUGGAGUUCAUGUGUGUGGGUCUAAAGCAGGCAGUCAUAUGCAUAGGUACAAGCUCUUGCUUGGAAAGCAGGAACCAGAGUACGAUGCUUCCUCCCAACCCUGAGACUGUUAGUCACAGACAGCCACAUCUGACAGGAAACCUUACCUUGGCCUAGAGUCCUCCCACCCUUGGGGGUUUCUACCUGAGGUCCUCAGAAUGCUACUGGGACAGACCCGGGCAGUACCCCAGGAAGCCAUGCCAGGCCCCUACAAGGGCCUAUCCCAAAAGCAGGGGCCCGGGAAGGGGCGACUUGCCCACCCCUGAAGCCCCUGCCCCACUGGCCCCAAUCUGCAGGUUUUCCAUUUUAGUGGACUUACGCUUUUAUUUCAGAGAAGACAGACGUCUUCCCUGUCCGUUUCCAAUAGUUAAAGCCAUAUCAGUUAGACCGCAAUACUUUAAAGAGGAGACUAAACAAUCCAUAUGUGUAGGGAACCAGAAAAGUCCCCUGGUCUCUCCGUUCUCUAAGGAGCGGGGCCUCUGCAGCCCCAGCUCCCGGGACUUACCUUCCCCACCCCACCCUCUCGGACCCCUGUGUCACCCCGCAGGGGGCCAGUGUUUGUGUCUGUCUGUGGUGGGGAGCCAUCUUGCACCCCUAUUGUCUGCUUGUUUCUGUUUUGUAUCCUGGGCAGGAUGGUCAUUCUUAAGAGCCUCGGGGUCCUGGGCCAGAGACAGGCAGGGACCAGUCCAGGAGCCCCAGGCCUCCCUAGAACCUGAGUGUGACCCCACACACACAUACACACACACACACACACACCUGAAGGCGGGGGAAGGACACCAGUGUUAAGAAAGGCCUAACCCUGGACAGGGACCCUUAGACCUCAGAACAGAGAUGGGGAGCAGAGACCAAGAUAGUUGCAAACAAGUGAGGACCCCAGCCAUGUAAGAGCCCACAGGGGCCCGAGAGGCUCCAGACCCUUCCACUGAAGUCCUCGGUGAUUUCCAUGGCUCCUCUGAGCCCCACCCAGUGCCCCUCAGACUGGACUGGCUUAGUCUAGAUUUAUGUCUCCUUUCUCUCCCCAGGCAGCAGAUUUUGAAGGUGGAGGCAAGAGAAUUUCUACUUGGUACAUAGCUUGUUCCACCCACAUAAAGCCCAGGGAGAUGUAAUGAUUGAUAUUUCUGAUAUAGCCUGGACUACAUGGAGAAAACAAUGGGCAACCCUGGAAUGAUGCUGUGUACCACACAUUCAUGGGAGAACAGAACUUGGGUGCUUGAGCAUUGGAAAGGAUGUCCGGUCACUCGAUGUGCCUAGAGCAGGAGGUGUGUGUGGUCCUCAGAAUGGGCAAAUGAAUAGAUCAUGCAGAAAUGCAGUGUGCAAAUAGCAUGCUGAAAAGAGGCCACACACAUACACAUAUACACUCAUAUACAUAUACACAUGCACAUACAUAUGUGCAUACACAUAUACUAACAUACACACAUACAUACAUAUGCAUACAUAUGCACACACACAUACAUACACUCACAUACAUAUACACAUACACAUGCACACACAUAUAUAUGCACACACAUAUACUAACAUACAUAUACACACAUUCACAUAUGCACACAUACAUAUGCACAUACACAUACACACAUACACUCACAUAUGCACACAUACACACAUAUACACAUACAUACAAAUACAUAUACACACAUACAUAUGCAUACACACACAGACAUACGUAACACACAUAUAUACACACACACACAGAGCAUGAAAGAUGGCAUCACUGACAGGCAUGUGCACUCUUUGGAAAAGCUCCAUUUCAGCUCCAAAGUACCAGAAAGUGAGACCUUGGUGGCGAAGCUUCACAGAGCUUCCAUCCGUGGAAGUAAGCACUCCACGGCCAUCCCAGGUAAAUGAGAGAGCAGGAAAGAGACAGAAGUCCAGAGACCCCUCACCCAUGGCACAGCUGGUGAGCAAACCAGCCAUCCUCACGGCUUGUGGCUAGGGGAAGUUGGGCAGGGGUUUCCAGCCCAGAGAGUGCCCGCUCUGAAGCUAUCAGGGUUGCCCACCCACAGCUCCCCUCCAUCUUCCUACAGUUUGGCCAGCCCUCAACCUCACUGGGAGGCCUGGGGACCAGACUGGCUCCCAUGGACGGUAUCUCCAAGGUCUAAGGGUUUGCCUCCCGGCAACUGUCCCCUGCUCCAGUCCCCAGGGAGAGAGACCCGAGGUGCUCCUGCUGGCCCCAGGAUAGGGUGGGAAGUCCCACUGAGCCCAGGUGAGAUGGACCAUCCUGCUUGCGUAGGGGAACCUCUUUCCCACAACUGUGCUGUGUCCUUGUUGCUCUGCUUCCUUUCAAUGUGUCAGUCUCUGGGGGAGGGGAGGGCCAAGCCCCCCCCACUCCCUUGAACCUGACCAAAAGCCAUGGCCGUGCUCCCCACUUUGUAUGAUGCAAAUGCUAAGAUGAUGUACAAAACCAACCAUGACGACAAAGAAAAAGACCUUGUACAGCA